UUCUGAUCAUCCCGUCCCCCAACCUGGCGAUGACAUCAUCACCAUUUACCAUCCCUCUCUGGUGCCAUGGCAACAGAUUAUCUGCCAACAACAUCUGUCAAUGUUUGGAGAUGCCGGACGGAGGACUGACGGUCGGCUGCAGUGGACUGAGACUGACACAGGUACCUCUCGGCCUCUCUAAUCUCACCGUGCGUCUGUUUCUGGAUAAAAACCUGCUCCGCUCUCUGCCGACUGACUCGUUCUCUGAUCUGUUCAUGCUGGAUGAGCUCGACCUGUCGCACAACCAGCUCUCUUCUCUUGAAGCCGGUUGUUUCCGUGGUUUGGUGUCCUCUCUGCGCUUCCUGGACCUCUCAUCCAAUCGGCUGUCAGCAUUGGACCCGGCGGCGCUUGGCGGGCUGCGAGCUCACGCCAACCUGACGCACAACCCCUGGCACUGUGACUGUAGGAUGCAACUGUCGAUGCCUCGGUUGGAUCUGGACCCGUCCUCCCUGACUGAAGUCAUCUGUCAAACCUCUGACCUCCCAAACCUCGGAGCUGUUGGGAUGCCAUUGGUUUUACUGGUGGAGGACUGGGAUCUGUGUCUGUCUGUGAGGAGAACCACUGACGUGGUGAUGCUGGUCACCAUGUUCCUCUGGUUCUCCAUGGUCAUCUCCUACCUGGUCUAUUAUGUCCGACAGAACCAGCAGGACGCCCGCCGACACAUGGAAUACCUCAUGUCCCUGCAGACCCGGCAGGCGUAGAGGACGUAGCGCCACCUGGAGGAGACCAGGAGGACAGGACUCCAGGGAACCUCUUCAUUGACCCUUAAAGCCUCCUAAGAAGUCC